AUGCAAAGUAGAAAUGAUGGUGGAAGAUUUUCAAAAGCCAAAAAUAUAGAAAAUAGUGAUUUGGAAUAUAGUGACCAAGAAUAUAAUAAUCCAGAGCUUUUAAUUCAUGAAUUCAAAAAUAGUAAUGAAGAAGAAUUUAAUAAUAAAAAGACAGAGCUUAAUAAAAAAGAGGAUAAUAAAGCAUCUGAUAGUUGGUUACUAUAUUAUUCUGGUGGUUUAAAGUACACUUUUUUUAAACUAAUAAAAAAAUUAGAAAUAGAAUAUGAAAUAUCAGACUCUAAUACAAGUGAUUUAGACUUAGAAAACAAUAGUUCUAUUUCAAAACAAUUAAAUAAAUUAAAUAAUAAACUUAAGAAUAUGAAAAGCAUAAAUGCUUAUGAGUAUUUUUGUCUUCUCACUGUAUAUAAAUAUUUUAAUACAAUUUUUAAUAAUGAAGAGUCACAUUCUUAUAUAAAAUUAAGUCUAGAAAUAUCAAAACAGGCUCCUCUUGGUAUGCCUUCACUAUACAAAAAAAAAAAAAGUAAAGCAAUUAUGGUCUCAGAAUUUUUAACUGAAACUCAUAGUCAAUUUACAAUUACUUCUGAAAAAAUAAAUGAAUUGAAUCUGCUAUCAACAUUUUUACAAGAAGUCUUAGCUAAUAAAGCAAUUUCUAUUUUUGAAGCAACUCAUCCAAACUAUGUUGGUGUUUUUGUAUUUGAUAAUAGCACCAACUAUGAUAUUUUCACAAGUGAUGCAUUAUAUGCUAAAAAUAUAAACUUUUCUUCUAAUAAUCUUCCUCCUGAUGAUCCUAAUUAUAUUUUUCAUGAUGAGCCAAGGA